AUGUCUUCAGACGAAACAAAACCGGAAACAGUCCCCAUCCCAGGACCCCCCGGGCUGCCCCUGGUGGGCAACGCUUUUGACAUUGACACCGAGUUCCCACUUGGGUCCAUGCUCAACUUUGCCAACGAGUAUGGCGAAAUCUUCCGUCUCAACUUCCCCGGCAGAAACACGGUCUUUGUGGGCUCCCAAAAACUCAUCCACGAGUUGUGUGACGAAAAGAGAUUCCACAAGACCGUCAGCUCCGCCCUCAACGAAGUCCGACACGGCAUCCACGAUGGUCUUUUCACCGCCCGCAUCGACGAGCCCAACUGGGGCAUCGCCCACCGAAUCCUCAUGCCUGCCUUCGGCCCCAUGGCCAUCCAGAACAUGUUCCCCGAGAUGCACGAGAUCGCCAGCCAGCUCGCCCUCAAGUGGGCCCGCCACGGCUCCAACCAGGCCAUCAAGGUCACCGACGACUUCACCCGCCUGACCCUCGACACCAUCGCCCUGUGCUCCAUGGACUACCGCUUCAACUCGUACUACCACGACGAGAUGCACCCCUUUGUCGACGCCAUGGCCAGCUUCCUGAUCGAGUCCGGCACUCGCUCCCGACGCGCGCCCCUUCCCGGCUUCAUGUACAGCAAGGUCGACCGCAAGUUCCACGAGGACAUCAAGGUUCUCCGUGAAACCGCCGAGGGCGUGCUCAAGUCCCGAAAGGAACACCCCUCCGAGCGCAAGGAUCUGUUGACGGCCAUGUUGGACGGCGUCGACCCCAAGACGGGCCAGAAGCUGAGCGACGACAGCAUCAUCGACAACCUCAUCACCUUUUUGAUCGCCGGCCACGAAACCACCUCGGGUCUCUUGAGCUUCGCCUUCUACCAGCUGCUCAAGAACCCCGAGACCUACCGCAAGGCCCAGAAGGAAGUCGACGACGUGUGCGGCAAGGGCCCCGUGAAGCUCGAGCACAUGAACAAGCUGCCCUACAUCGCCGCCGUCCUGCGCGAGACCCUCCGUCUCUCGCCCACCAUCCCCAUGAUCGGCGUCGAGUCCAAGGAGGACACCAUCAUCGGCGGCAAGUACGAGAUCCCCAAGGGCCAGCCCUUCGCCCUGCUCUUCUCCAAGUCCCACCUCGACCCUGCCGUCUUUGGCGACACCGCCCACGACUUUUUGCCCGAGCGCAUGCUGGACGAGAACUUUGAGCGUCUGAACAAGGAGUUCCCCGAUUUCUGGAAGCCCUUUGGCAACGGCAUGCGCGCUUGCAUUGGUCGUCCGUUCGCGUGGCAGGAGGCUUUGCUGGUCAUGGCCAUUUGCCUGCAGAACUUCAACUUCAUGCCGGAGGAUCCCAACUAUACCCUCCAGUACAAGCAGACGUUGACCACCAAACCCAAGGACUUCUACAUGCGCGCCAUGCUCCGCGAUGGUAUGUCUGCUCUUGACCUGGAGCGCCGUCUGAAGGGUGAGCUCGUCGCUCCCAAGCCUAGUACCCAGGGACACGUGUCUGGUCAGCCCAAGAAGAGCGGAGAGGGUAAGCCCAUCAGCAUUUACUAUGGUUCCAACACGGGUACUUGCGAGACGUUUGCUCAGCGCCUUGCCACCGACGCUGAGGCGCACGGGUUCACGGCUACUAUUGUCGACUCUUUGGAUGCGGCCAACCAGAACCUGCCCAAGGACAGGCCGGUGAUCUUCAUCACUGCCUCCUACGAGGGUCAGCCUCCUGACAAUGCUGCUUUGUUCGUCGGCUGGCUCGAGAGCCUGACUGGUAACGAGCUUGAGGGCGUUCAGUAUGCCGUCUUCGGCUGCGGUCAUCACGACUGGGCGCAGACCUUCCAUCGCAUUCCCAAGCUCGUCGACAACACCGUCUCGGAGCGCGGCGGUGACCGCAUCUGCUCCCUCGGUCUGGCUGACGCUGCCAAGGGCGAGAUGUUCACCGAUUUCGAGCAGUGGGAGGACGAGGUGUUCUGGCCUGCUAUGGAAGAGAAGUACCAAGUCAGCAAGGAGGAUGACACCGAGGCUUUGUUUCAAUCCGGCAUAACCGUCAACUUCUCCAAGCCUCGCUCUUCCACUUUGAGGCAAGACGUCCAGGAGGCUGUCGUAGUCGACGCCAAGACCAUCACCGCCCCUGGUGCUCCUCCCAAGCGCCACAUCGAGAUGCAGCUCUCCAGCGACUCGGGCGCCUACCGCGCUGGCGACUACCUCGCCGUCCUGCCCAUCAACCCCAAGGAGACGGUCAACCGCGUCAUGCGCCGCUUCCAGCUGGCAUGGGACACCAACAUCACCAUCGAGGCGUCCCGGCAGACCACCACCCUUCCCACGGGCGUCCCCGUACCCGUGUACGACGUCCUAGGCGCCUACGUCGAGCUCUCCCAGCCGGCUACCAAGAAGAACAUCCUCGCUCUCGCCGAAGCCGCCGACGACGCCGAGACCAAGGCCACACUCCGCCAGUUGGCGGGACCCGAUUACACCGAGAAGAUCACCUCCCGCCGCGUCUCCAUCCUCGACCUCCUCGAGCAAUUCCCUGCCAUCCCGCUCCCCUUCUCCUCCUUCCUCUCUUUGCUGCCGCCCAUGCGCGUGCGCCAGUACUCCAUCUCCUCGUCUCCCCUUUGGAACCGGUCCCACGUUACCUUGACCUACUCCAUCCUCGAAACCCCUUCCUUGUCAAACCCAGACAAGAAACACCUCGGCGUGGCUACCAGUUACUUGGCCAGCUUGGAGGCAGGCGACAAGCUCAACGUCUCCGUCCGCCCCAGCCACAAGGCCUUCCAUCUGCCGGUAGACGCAGACAAAACCCCCCUGAUCAUGGUCGCCGCCGGCUCCGGCCUCGCUCCCUUCCGCGGUUUUGUGCAGGAACGCGCGGCGCAGAUCGCUGCUGGUCGCUCCCUGGCGCCCGCCGUGCUGUUCUACGGGUGUCGCCACCCGGACCAGGACGACUUGUACCGUGACGAGUUCGACAAGUGGGAAUCCAUCGGUGCCGUGUCGGUUCGAAGGGCUUUCAGCCGCUGUCCCGACAGUGAAGAGACGAAGGGGUGCAAGUACGUUGGCGAUCGCAUCUGGGAGGAUCGGGAGGAAUUGGCGGGGCUGUGGGAUAGAGGCGCGAAGGUGUAUGUCUGUGGAAGCAGGGAGGUCGGGGAGAGUGUGAAGAAGGUGGUGGUGAGGAUUGCGGUGGAGAGGCAGAAGAUGAUUGUGGAGGCGAGGGAGAAGGGUGAGCUGGAGAAGUUGGAAGGGUUGGUGGAGGGGUUGAAAUUGCACGGACUCAAGGUGGAGGAGGUGGAGGUUAGUGAGGAGAGGGCGUUGAAGUGGUUUGAGGGGGUGAGGAAUGAGAGGUAUGCUACUGAUGUUUUUGAUUGA